AAAAAAUCAUUAUAGAGAGGUUCUUAUAGUGUCAACUUAACGAAUCAAUCAUAUACACAACUAAAAUUACGAUCAAUACGCACAGGCAUGUUUACCACCUUGACUGCUAAUUAGUUUCGAUUCACAAUAUAACUGGAUAUCAACUUAAAGUUGUUAUUAACGUUGAAGGUAUCGUUUUAUUCAUCGUGUCUGAGAAGAAACUAUGGCAGCAGAGAGAGUUGUUGUGGUUGCAGUAGAUGGAAGCAUCCAUUCGGACAACGCACUUAAAUAUUACAUUGAUCGCGUGCAGAUACCUGGUGAUAAACUUCUGCUGGUGAAUGUUCCAGAGGAGUAUAACUUUACUGAUGCCAGUCCAGGCGUUAUACAUGAAUUAUUAGAAAAAAUGAAAGAAAAGGCAAGUGAAGUAGAGAAGACAUAUACAGACAGACUCAAAGAUAUCAGUGUUGAUUUCCAGUUUAGAUUAGUAUACGGACAUCCAGGUGAACAAAUAGUUAAAGUAGCCGAAGAAGAAAAGGCUUCACUAGUUAUGGUAGGAAGUAGAGGUCAUGGCUGGUUACGACGAACAAUACUUGGUAGUGUUAGUAAUUAUGUUAUUCAUCAUACCUCUAUCCCUGUGCUUCUCUGUAAAAAUAUGGAACCAUUGGAGUCAUUAAAUCAAGACUAAUAACUUAAGUGAGGCUUACAAAGAUGUUAAUUUGUAGAGUCGAAAACGGUAAUGUGGGAUUUCAGUUGGGAAAGAGGUUGGACAUUUUAUCGAUAUGUUGAGUUAUACAGCGAGAACUUCUUGGUAAAAUACGGCGGUUGAAGGAGAAAAGUCACAGAGAUCAUAUUUUUGAUUUCAACAAUCAACCAAUUACAAAAAUUAACGGAUUGGCAUCGAGAGAGGGUCAUUCAUAUUGGCAAUCUUUAACAAUCAACCAACUACAAAGAUACCUAUUUGACAUACACUCUUCAACAGUUAACAAACUACAAAAAUAAACCAAUAAGACAUUUAGAGGGCGACAUACAAUCUUCAACAGUUCCUAAACUACAAAAAGACAUGUAGAGGGUGCAUACAAUAUUAAACAAUCAACGAACUACAAAAAACAACGAAAAGACGUCCAGAGGGCACCAAUCCGGCUGAUAAUCUUCAACUACUAGUAUCAACCGACUACAAAAAUAACCAUUUGAAAUUUGGAGGGCUACGCAUAAUAUUCAAAAGUUAACAAACAACAAAAAUAACCAAACUAUAUCUAUAGGGCGAUAUACAAUUUAAGACAACGCCAAGCUCUAAAUUACCCAAGGGUUUGAUAAACAUAGUUGUCAGCUUCGGGUUUCGAUGAUCUAUAUGAACACAUAAAAAAGGGGCGAAACACAUUCCUAUCUACUACUACAUUCUUCGUUAAGAUUUCACAGGUUUUCUUAUAGAGCAUAAUACUAGAAUUGUGUAUACACAGACAAAAUGUAAUGGUUAUUGUAAACCAUAAGUUAUAUCAUCAUGAAUGUAAAUCGUUUUGUUUUUGUAAAAAAAAAGAUUUUUGUCUAGGAAA